CAAGAUUCUAGUUAAUCAGCUGUGGUACUGUUAUGAUAUUGUUGACGUUUUUAUAAAGUGAAUAACUAGCGCUAUAUUUGUCAUUUUCUAAAACAAUGAAAUCUUUAAUCGAUGAACCAAUGCUAUUUUUCUAAAUUAAAGAUAAGAACUUGUACCCUUUCUUGUAUUUAUAGAGUAAGAGAGCGUUUUAUCCAUAUGUCACAUUAAAAGAUUAAUAAUAUACAUAGUUUUUAUGUAAAUCGUAAAAAUGGAUAUCCUCUUUACACAAAAUAUUUUGGAUGAACCAGAAGACAUACCACAAACAGAUGAGCCAGUUUGGAUUCUUGGGAAAAAAUACAAUACCAUAAGAGAACUUGAUGCGAUUCGUAGGGAUAUACGGUCUAAAUUAUGGUUCACUUAUCGCAAAGGUUUUGUACCUAUUGGUGGUUACAAUUCUGCAUUUACAUCUGACAAAGGGUGGGGUUGCAUGUUAAGAUGUGGACAAAUGGUCCUUGCCCAAGCCUUAAUCACAUUACACUUAGGUAGAGACUGGCAAUGGACCUCAGAAACAAAAAAUAGCACAUACUUGAAAAUUCUGGAACGCUUUGAAGACAAAAGAAUUGCUGCAUAUUCUAUUCAUCAAAUUGCAUUAAUGGGAGCAUCCGAAGGGAAAGAACUGGGACAAUGGUUUGGACCUAACACAAUAGCACAAGUAUUAAAAAAGUUAGUUGUGUAUGAUGAAUGGAGCUCAAUCACAAUACACGUGGCUUUGGACCAUACAAUAAUAGUUAACGAUAUCUUAAGGCAAUGUAGAGUAGAAGGAGGUACAACAGCAGAAGCAGAUGGUGAUAUACCAUUGAAAGCACCUAGCCAAUGGAAGCCUUUAUUACUUUUAAUACCGCUCCGUCUCGGAUUAAACGAGAUUAAUCCUAUCUACAUUAAUGGGCUUAAAACUUCAUUCAAAAUUCCACAAUCUUUAGGAGUAAUAGGAGGAAAACCCAAUCUUGCAUUGUAUUUCAUAGGAUGUGUUGAAAAUGAAGUAAUUUACUUAGAUCCUCACACAACACAGAGAUCAGGUAGCAUUGGAAAAAAAAUAGAAGAGGAAGAAAUUGAAAUGGAUAUCACCUAUCACUGCAAGUCUGCUAGUCAUAUCCCCAUUACAGGGAUAGAUCCUUCUGUAGCACUUUGUUUCUUCUGCGCAUCUGAAAAAGAUUUUAAAUCGUUGUGUAAGUCGAUGCAAGAAGAAUUGAUCACACCUGAAAAGCAACCCCUACUUGAAUUAUGUGCAGAGAGAUUAGUGCACUGGUCUCCAGCCGAUGAUGCUGCUUCGGAAGCAAUAGCCGCAACAAGUUUUUUAGAUUUUGAAGACAUAGAUCCACAGUGUGAUUCUUCUGAUGAAGAUUUUGAACUGCUUGGUUGACAUUUAAUCAUCAAUUAAGAUCUAUCUGCGAUAUAUGAAACAUGUAUAUAAUAGUCUGGACAGUCCAUUCAUACACAUAUUAAACUAAAACACGACUUUUCAUUGAAUACGUAUAUUUGAAUUAAACUAGUGCUAUUCCGGUACUAGAUGUUGAAGAAUAAAAUAAUUUAUACCAAACAAUUGAAAUAUUGUAUAUAUUACUUAUAUUUAAAUUUUUCGGA